AUGUGCGAGGAGGAGACGACCUCCGAGCCGUCGUCCCCGCCGAUGGAGAGCACGGCCAAGGAGCACGACGCGGGCGGCGCUACGACCGUGAUCUCCGACUCCGAAUCUCCUCUAAUUCAACAGAGCCAUACAGAUACAGAGUCCGCACCUCCUCCAGCUCCACAAGUGCAGCACCUGCUCCCAGCUCCAGCUCCGCAAGUGCAGCAGCAGCAGCAGCAGCAGCCGGAACGUUUCAUGGAUAUUUGGGCAGACACCGAAGCUAUAGGGUAUCAACGGAUGAAGCAAUUGCUGAGAGACGAAAAGUGCAAAUGGUACAUCGCGGUCGAUACAGAAUUUUGCAUGAAAGACGAUGUAGUCGAUCCUCGGGGAGCGCCCCAGUCUCCCGACGGUCACUAUGAGCAGACCCGAAGAAUCGUCGACGAAGGCGAUCUGGUUCAAGUGGGGUUUGCGCUCGCCAACUCCGAGUCCGGGCUCGAUCCAGACUCGUUCUCGGUGUUUCAGUUCAACAUGCUCUUUCAGUACACGGCAAGGAGCUCUACCAGCAACAACAUAAGAUUUCUAAGAGAUACGGCGAAGGUAAACCUUGACGAUCAUGCGAGGAGGGGUAUCAACAUCAGCAAUUUCAUCAACGGCAUCAGAAACCUGGGCGUAUUGGAAAACAGGAACAUCACAUGGAUAACUUUCCAAGGAUAUUCAGAUUUUGGGUACCUAAUCAGGGGACUCCAAGAUAGCUCCGUUCUGACACAAUCCCGAGCAGAGUUCAUCCGAUUGGCUAAGAGGUAUUUCCGAAGCAGCUACGAUCUAAAACUUCUUCUCAGUCUUGGAGUUCGCUGUGAGAAGCCCAGCCGAAGCGUGCCUGGGAGUGGCAGUCUGAAGGGUCUCGCUGCGAGUUUGGGGGUGAAGAGAAGCGGUCAGGAGCACGGUUCAGGAUCGGACGCCCACCUCACUCUUGGGUGUUUCCGUAACUUGAUGCUGAGCGAUCGAGCAGCUGCAUCCGAGCUACGAUGUUACAAAAACACCAUCUACGGGGUGGAAAAUCCCUUGCCUGGUACAAGUGGUGCCAAUGCAGAUGCAGACCAGGUACACCUUUGGGCGUCCAAUUUCGACAGGGAGAUUAGGAUCAUCACCGGCUCCCUAGACGUGCAGGGCAUGUUGACCGUUGAGGUUCAGUUCAUUAAUUCAACCGGCAAUCAGGUCAUCUCAUAUGCCCAAGCUCGCACGGAGGCAUCCCGGUGCAAGGCAGACCUAGCAAUUGGUUUCUCUGACAACUACGGUCGCUUGGCCUAUGGACGAAUUUGGACCUUCCAUCUGGAAGCACAGCAAGGUGCACAAGAUGAGGAAGGGAGACGUGGAGUUACAGCGACAAUGCUAGCAGGGCUGCUUACCAACAUGAGAUCUCUCCAGAAUCCCAACGUGAUUUGGUUGUCGUCGAGCAGAAUGUGCUUUCUAUACUUGAUUAGUCUUGUGACGAGGUGCCUUCCCCUGGAGGAGCAUAGCUUCUUGGCACUUUGGUGGUGCUUCUUCCCCAACCACCGCCUGAUCGAGCACGGGUCCCCGGAGCAAGACCCAGGGCGGAGGGCCAUCAUCACCCUGCGGCAGAUGCCUGCAACCUUACAGUUCACAUGA